AUGACCGUUCCAGAGGAAAUCAGAAAAAUCCUACUUCAUGAAUUAUUACUCAAAAUCGAAAUUAAUUCGGAAGGUGAAGUACGAUAUGCCAACUCUGCUUUUUACAGAUUUAUAGGAAGAAAAGUAAGCGAUCCCUUGCAACAAUUACCUUGCAAUUUUUAUGACUGCAUCACGAAAACAAGUGUUCCAAGAGUCCGACGUGCAACACAAAUGCUUUUUAAUGGAUCUUCAAAGAUCACGCACUUUCAAACUUCGCUUCUAUGCAAUACUAGUAUGGUCCCAACUAUGUUUAUGAAUAGCAAAGAUUAUGAAGCAUCAUCGGACGAAGGAAAAAUCGGAGUGAAGCUUGCUUUCCGAGGGAUCCUUGUGGAUUCUUUGGAAGGUAAAGAAUCUCGAAUCUUAUGGUCUGCUAAAUGUUUAUAUCCAGAACGUUAUCAUAUAACUCAUAUGGACUUUGUGUUAUUCAACACCCUUGGCAUCGGCUCUUUUGUUUUGCAGAAUUACAUAGAAAGAGCCUAUAAAGUUACAUAUAUGCAUUCUCCUCCUCCUGUUUCUUACUUAUGCUAUUUUUGUGAAAAAAAAAUUCCCGAUUGGUACUAUGAAGUACAUACCGACUCUUGUUUGGUAUGGAGUGAGCUGGUUCAGGUUGUAUUGGAUAUACGAAAACAAAUCCACAUAAAAAAGGCAGAGUUACACAAGUACAGUCAGUUGCUUCCACAUACCACUAGUGCAUUUAGUGAGGAGACGUACUUAACAUUGCCAAUUAUUUCAAUUCUGCAGCCAAAGUCUGGUAAAUAUAAACGAUUUCGUUUGAGAUCUUGGCGUGCCUGUGUUAAAUUUUUAGAUCGACAACUGACUCAAGCUGAAAAAACGUUUGAAGAACUGGGGAAAAACACCUUUUUGGUCGUCUCCGAAGAGUUGGCUAUCGAAAUGAAAGAGAAAGUUCUGAAAAAGACUAUUUUACUUUGGAAAUUUGAUUUUUUAUCUCCAUGUAGAAUUCAAAACUUUUUUCACGAAGUGCAUUCUUUGCUUAUUCUGAGCCUUAAAUAUAAUCUUAAGCUUUGCAAUCAUAAUAUGAUUUACGGAAUGACAUUUCAAGAAGUUAAGCAUUUCCUGCUUAGGUACUUGAGGAAUUAUUUAUGCUUGAAUUUGAACAAUAUUGAUCACGAAGUAUUUUCGGGCGACACGCAGCUCCUUACGAUGAUCAAUUAUUCGAAUCCACGAAGCUUUAAAGACACAAGUAUUUUAAACGUCGACUUGAUUUUACCAGAAGCAAGGGGGAUACCUGACCUACUUCCUCAAUCCAAUUCGAAAACAAACCUGGUUCGUGCCGGUUUAGGAAAAAAAGGAGAAGACUACCGUUCCGUUGAUGACUGUGACCAAUUGAAAGGGAUUAUCCUGGAAAACCUCAAUAAAAAGCUAAUAACCAAACCAAGGAAAAAAUCUUUCGACGAUCAGGGGACGCAGUCAAUUCAUAAUUACCAGGAGCUCGUUGAACAGCUUUAUUUUCCCAUUAUAGAAAAUACGACUUCUACAUUACAUCUUCCUCAAUUUAAGGAUUUAAAGUUCGGAGACAAAACACCAAGGUCACUAAAAGAAUUCACUUUUGUACGAGAAAUCAAUAGAGGCGCCUCUAGCAGGGUUUACUUGGUAAAAAAAAUAUCCACUGGAAAUUACUAUGCGCUGAAAGCUAUUCCAAAGUUAGGUUUAAAGGAUCCUGACAAGUUGAAAGCGCUCAUGUAUGAAAAAGCUAAUAUGGAAAUCCAGAAGUACGGAUCAAAUGUUGUUAAGAUAUACUACGCAUUUGAGUCUGAGGGAUUUUUUUGCUUAGUUAUGGAUUUCUUCAAUGGCGGUGAUUGUCAAACCUUGGUUGAAAAGCUUGGUCCGCUACCAGAACAAUGGGUUCAAACAUAUAUAGCAGAACUAUUGGAAGCUGUCGAAAUUCUUCAUAAAAUGAGCAUUAUUCAUCGUGACAUUAAGCCGGCGAAUAUGCUCAUAGACCAUAAUGGACAUAUUCGUUUGGCAGAUCUUGGUCUGAGCGAUAACAAAGACGAGAGUUCCGACAAAUAUUAUCAUGAAAAGAUAAAUCAGCUAAAGGAGGUAUCUCAUGAAGGAGCGAGAAAGCAACUGGUUAAUGGCCUUAAGGAUAAAGCUAAAAAAGAAAUGAAUCCAACAAAUAGGAAGACCACUGAGGAAGAAUUCGAUCCUUUUGAACGUCUGAUAGAUGUCGACACUAGUAAUUUGAACAAAGCUAUGUCGCAGGUUUUUCGUGCACGUUUGAAAGUCACCUACCCAGGAGAACUGAAGAGUGGGAAAAGCAUUACUGGUACUCCCAAUUAUAUGGCACCUGAAGUUCUCUCAGGAACCGAAAGCCCUAUGAAUGAUAUAUGGGCCAUAGGAUGUGUAUUAUUUGAGAUGUUGACCGGGAUAAUACCAUUUCAGUCAGAUACUAUCCGAGGUGUUUGGGACCGCAUCCAACGAAACGACGUCGGAUGGGAAAAAGACAGUGAUGAGCAACAUUCAUUAGAAGCCAUAGACCUUGCCAAAAAGUUACUGGAAGCGAAUCCGGACAAGAGGUUAGGUAUAAAUGGAUUCUCAGAAAUAAAGCGCCAUCCAUUUUUUAACGGAAUAGACUGGGACCACUUAUAUGAUGAAAAGGGACCCUUUGUGCCAAAAACAGAUAAUAUUGAAGAUUUAAUUUACUUUGAGCGAAUGGAGCUGGCUAUUCAAGCUUCUACAGGAAUGAAUUUAAAAGCCCUUAAUUUUUCCAAUAAAAACAUACUCUGGGAAAUCUCCGACCAACUUCAGUUCCCCCAAAUUUCCUCCAUAUCAAUCUCCCAGUCUCGUCCCAAAAGUCCAAUUAAUAAACCUUCCCUGCAUUACCAGUUUUUUCAUCCAGACUGA